CUGGGUUGGGUUUUAAGGAGGCGGGCCCCGUCACUUCUCUUGCAACGUGCUGUCUAUUUAUUUGGGUUUCCAACAUUGAAGCCACCCGCAUUUUGCGAGGCUUCAGCGGAUUAACAGCCACAAAUUAUAAACGCGAGCAGGUGACUAAAUCCGACGGCCAGUUGGAUCCCAACCUAUACAUGUUAACGUUUCUUUUGCCUUAGAUAUGCGUUGGAGAGUUUUUGUUUAUGUGCCAAACAUUAUCGGUUACAUAAGGCUACUUUUACUGCUGAUUGGCUGGUGGCAUUUCAAUUAUCCUACAAUUUUUAUUCCUUGCUAUCUGACAUCUGUUAUUCUUGAUGGUAUAGAUGGAUUUGCAGCUCGCCGGUUAAACCAGACAUCUGAAUUUGGAGCCUGGUUUGAUGUGCUUAUUGACAACAUUGGGCGUAGCAUGAUGUGGAAUUCGCUCUACAAUUGGGGCCAUUUUAUGAGCAGCUUAGAGUGGUGUGUUUUCGUCUGUACACACAGCUCCUUGGGCUCUGAAUGGAAGAAGAAGUUUGAGAAGAGUCCUUGGUUGAUUCAGAAAAUCAUGUCAAAUGAUUUCAGGUCUUCUCUAGGAACAUGGGCCAUCAGUGGAAUACACAUACUUCCCAUUUGGUUGUAUGGAUACCAGAAACUGAUUUUAACAAAGACACUUGUGCUGCCUGUAACUGCUGCCUCUGUCUACAGCCAGUGGUUUGUAACAGGAUUACUCAUCUCUGGAAGGAUACUUUGUAUGGGUGCGGAGCUCUGGUGUAUCUGGAUCCAUAUCGUAUUCCUUGUACAAAAUGAAGACAAAGGAAAAUAAUGGACAGAUUAUCUAUUCACUCAAGACUAGUUUACUCAGGAACUCGACUCUGUUGAAUGAAGGUAGUCGGACACUGCAAUACAAUUACAUACAGUAUAAUUCAAGAUUUAAAAUGUUUUCACUGAACUUGUUUGUGUUAGUCCAUUUAUUUGAGGGAGAGAGUUUUAAAUUCUUGAACAUUUUCACCAUGACAAACCUACAUGUCAAUAGUAGUAUUGUCUACACUUCUAAUUGAAACUUUCAAAAGGUAUUAAAUGUUAUUUGCUUUAAUUAUUACGUCUUGAUUAUGGAUUAGUUAGGGAAUAAUUCUAAAGUUACUGCAUUCUUUUAUUUUUGAAGUAAAUAGCGAGGGAAAAGUGCAGAGAUUUACAAGGAUGUUGCCAGAACUUGAGGGUCUAAGUUAAAGGGAGAGGUUGGGCAGCCUAAGACUUUAUUUCUUAAAGUGUGGGAGAACGGAGGGGUGAUUUUGGAGAUGUAUAAAUUCACGAGGGGCAGAAAGAGUGAAUGCACGGUAUUUUUUCCCAGGGGAGGGUAAAAUCAAGAACUACAGGGCAUUGGUUUAAAGUGAAGAGAACUUUUUCCAUUCAGAGUGGUGGGUAUGUGGAACGAGGUGCCAGAGGAAAUAGUUGAGGCAAGUACAAGGACAUUUAAAAGAUAUUGGGAAGAAAGGUGGAAUCAGGAGUCUUUCGUUCUCCACUUAUCCCUCCAUCCUUCCCUGCUGCACCAACUUAUUUGCCAAUCAAGCCCUCCUUUCCUGUAUCCACCUAUCACUCACAAGCUCUUGUCAAACGUCCCCGUCCACCACUUUACACUGACUACUCUCCAACUCCAUACUCUCAGUGUAGAUGAAGUGUCUUAACCCAAAACAUUGGCUAUUUCCCUCCACCGAUGCUGCCUGUUCAGAGUUCCCUAGCUGUUCUGCACCUCUUGCAACCGUUUCCAGCAUUUACAGUCUCCUGUACCUGCAACCACCCCGAGUCGAGUUUGAGCACUGGACAUUUUGUUUUCAAUUGAUGAAUGCAGUGUUCAUUUCAUUUUUUUUCCCCCUUGAAUUCAGCUAGGAAACCAAACUAGCUCUGCAGCUGUAAGUCAUGGAAAGGUAUAAGGAAAUAGGAGGAGUAAUGCCCCUGUCCCACUUAGGCGAUUUUUUAGGUGACUAGGCUGUCGCCGGGGUGUCGCCUGUAUGGUCUCCUCAGUCGCCCAAAUAAUUUUUUUUGGAAUGUUUAAAACUUUUUGGCGACCGUGGGCAUGUCGUAGCUUGACUUCUCCUGACUUAGGUGCUGUCGAAGGUUGUUGCCAGGGUGACAUAGGUUGUCGCCGGUGCGGACUUUGGUGAAUUUCAUUUGCGACUACCUACGUCAACCGGCGACUGAAUUGUUUUACCUUGUCGUAGCUUGUCGCGGGUGGACGUAGGUUGUCGUAGGUGGACGUUCUAAAGGGUCGCCAGAUGUUUGUAGACAUUGUCAUAGGGGGUUCCAUUAACCUGUGUCCUUAUAGGAAGGAACUCCAGAUGCUGGAGAGAAGGAAUGGAUACUGUCUAUCUCAUUGAGCUACUAUCUGUAAUAUCUAGACUGCUUCAGGUCUCUUCAUUGUUUCUGUCCCCGUUCCCCAUGACCUUCAAGCUUCUAAACUCCCAGUGAUAUUGAUCUAAAUUUUCCCUGCUUUUUUCUGUCAUCGUCUUGUAGGGGUAGCAAUGGAUGACCUGAGGUGCUUUCAGUUUGGAAGCUGUUAUUGCCAAUGUAACCAUUUGGAACAGCAGAGAGACUGCAAAUGACAGAAAGCGGGAAUUAGUGUAGAGAAUCUACUCUCCUACAAUAAACUAGCUUGCCAUUAUGGUUAAAGGGGCAUGUAAUUUUCCUUUAAAAAAAUAUGAUCUGUCCAUUUGUUGUGAAAUUCUAAGACCAGCUAGCACUUUAACACGCGAGGACGUACAUGGAACUGCACAGGAUUUCAGCCUUCGUGUUUUGUUGAAGAUGCCAGAAUCUGCAGUGCCUCAUGUAUACAUUUUAAGUCUGUUUUCACUUAUUUAUGGUUCAUCUUAAAGCAAUUACAUCACCAAACAUGUUUAUUUUUCUCUUCCUCAACAGCUAAGACAAAAGCAGUGUUUCAUUAUGCAUUAAGCUUACAAGUUAGAUAUUUAAUUCUAAUAGCAGCACAGCAGGUAGCUCUAAGAUUGCCUCUCAUAGAAAGAAAACACAAACAAAUCUAAUUCCAGACAUUUGUUUUUCUCUGUUAAAAGCGGGCAGGACAAGACAUUGUAGCCUAUACCAGAACAAGUUAUAAUCUGAAAAUAAAGGAGAAAUUUUAAUAAUAUUAAAUGAUUGCUCUUUGAUUAUCAAGUUUACUGGGGAUUCAAACUGACUGCAUUAUUGCUGUAUGUUUAUUUAUACUUCCAUGAACUGAAGCAAAAUGUCAGCCUUGAGCAUGUUAAUAAAAUCAGUUAUUAAAAUAUUGUAGAUAUGACAACGUUUACAAGAUUCACAACUUAAAUCCUGGAGGGAUAUAACAGCGCGAGAUAUGUUCUUGAAGAAUUGCAGACAAUCAAUUUUUAUCAUCAUGUUCUUAAUUCGCACAAGUAUUUAUAGAGCAGGUGCUGAUUGACCAGGACCACUUGGUAAAAGCCAGGUUUGGGGUGAGCCAAACUAUGAUGUACCAUAGGAUCACCUGUCUACAAUUAAACUCUCCGGUGCAAAUCUAUUCCAAGCAAUUUUAUGACAAAAAGACAGCAAACAACUAGGAACCAUUCCGUAGGAACAACUACGGCAUGAUGAACCUCGCUAUAAUUCCGUUU